AUGGCAAAAAUAAUUAUUUAUAUUUCAUUUUUAUUACUCUGUCUAAUUUCUUUUGGAUUAUAUCUUUUUGGAGUUGCCAAUUAUGUCACUGAUCUAAAACCAAAUAAUUGUGACAUGACUUACAUGUUUGAAUAUCCUCAGUAUGUGAGAAUAAAAUUAGACAAUGAGAUUGAAAAUAAAUUCAAUAAAUUUGGUCUGUAUGCCUACGGAGAAGGUUAUGCUACUGAAAAAUUACGGAGGAUGAAAUUUACAGGGAUUCCGGUUUUAUUUAUUCCUGGAAAUGCCGGCUCACAUGAACAAGUGAGGUCUCUUGCUUCUGUAAGCUUGAGGAUGAGUUUAAAACGUAGAACACCAUUUCAUUUUGAUUAUUUUACAAUAUCAUUUGCUAAAAGUCUUUCAGCUCUCUAUGGAGGUAUUUUACAAGAACAAACAGUAUUUACGGAACACUGCAUCAAAAAAAUCCUGUCUCUCUACGAGGAAUACGAAAAAAAACUCGACCAAGUUAUUUUAAUCGGGCACUCGAUGGGUGGAAUAAUUGGUAAAUCUGUCCUGCUUCAGCCCUCCAACCAAACAUCUAGUCCAGCAAGUAUCCUGAUAACUCUUGCAAGUCCUCACACUCCUAACAUUGCGUUUGAUCAGACUUCGGCUAACUUUUAUCAAUAUAUAAACAGUCGAGCAAAGCGUCUCCAUAACAGUGUCAGUAUAGUCUCUAUUGGCGGCGGGUCACGAGAUCUUUUAGUCACUAGUUCUCAAAUUUUGGAUCCACUGGCCGAUCUUAACAUCCUCUCCACCGCGAUUCCCAAUGUCUGGCGAGCUCAAGAUCAUUUGUCAAUCCUCUGGUGUAAGCAAUUGAUAAUCGCAAUUGUUAGAGGGCUUUUUGACUCUGUAGAUACUACUCAACGAAUUCCAAAGAUAUAUUCUCAACGAGAAAUAAAAUUAAAAGCCCUGAGCUAUCACUUGCAGAAUAGAUUCGCCGGUAAAUACUUAACCAAAAUAAACUUUCAACCGCGAGUUAAUUUCUUGGAGGAAGGAAGGUGGAUCCAAGUGACUGGGCCCCAAUUUUCUUACAACAGUAAUAAUGAUAAACCGUUAAAGGGUAAGCUAAACCUAAACCACCAAUCAAUAGUCUAUUUGAUGAUUCCAAUUCCAGUAGACAAAUUUGCUUACAAUUUUCUCAGCAUCGACGCAAUUAAUUUGGAUACUCAAGACUGGCUUUUUGCUUGCACUGUCCUUAUAAUUAAUGAUAAAACCUCUGAAAAAAUAUGCAAGUCAGGAAUAAAUCUUACCAAUCUCACAAGACUGUCUCCCGACGUUUAUUUUCGACAACGAAAAACCCUCGACUUGAAUUUACAUGAAAUUUCAUCUCAAGUGACGCAUAUUGUCGUCAGAAUUCCUACCAUCGAAGCUGACAAAAAGACUUUGGUGACUGUCCACACAGAUCUUUACUCUUUGGAAACAAGAACAUCAUUUAUUGAUGGGUCGGGAGUCUCCUGGCUACCUUUACCGCUAAAAACAGUAUUAGCUGCUGGUGACUACAAAACGGUGAUAAACACUCAGUCUGGAAGUUUAAGAUGGCACCUAGAUGUUAAAGUACCUGACGCUAUUAAUUUUGUACUGGAGUCUGUAGACGGUGAAGAUAUGGCGGUUUAUCUUGUUAUUGAGGUUAAAGAGUCCUGGAACUCAACUAAAUUUGGUAUUACAGAGUUUUACACGCUAACUGAAAAGGAUAUUGGAAAGUCCCAAGUACUGAGGAUGCAAAUGGACAGUGAUUACCUUUCGGAUCAUAUUGUAAAAAUUAUUGUCACUUUGGAUCCUAAUUUUACGUAUAAACUUAGAAUUGAGAAAGCUGGACUGAUUGACAGGUUUGCUAAUUUUGUUAGAGAUCGGUGGUUUCGGUUAUAUCCGACUGCAUUAGGAUUGUUGUUGUUGAUAGUCGCUACUAGGAUGGAUGAUAAUGACAAUAAUAAAGUAUUUGUCACGAUGGGAUUCACUACUGGACUGGUAGUUUAUUCAGAGAUUUAUUUUGAAAUUUUUAUAGCGAUAGGUUUAUUGAUGGUCCUGUCUAUUGCUACCUGUUGCGCAAUCAUUUUCUCAGGGUCAAUGGUUCAUAAUGUCACGGCUAGAUUUCUUGCCAGAGCAUUCGCUAGAUUUCCUGCUGCGUGGUACGGGUGGUUAAUACGACAGUGGUUCGACCAUUUACCUUUUAUUGCAAGUUUAAUACUCUUUAUAAUAAUAUCUAGCAGUUGUGCAGCAGUAGCGAUGCUUCUCUCAGUAGUAAUCUACUUUUUGAAGCUAACAAGAAUGUACGAAGAUUAUCUGGAAGAAUUAUUUAUGGCCACACUACGUGGAUUUAUAAGAAAAAUUAAAAAGCCUUCUUCAGAUAAACAGGUCAAAAUCACUAAAAGCGCUCCUCGAGAUGACGUUAAUCCAACAACAAAUAUUAUUAAUCAUCUGUUGUUGUUCAUGAUAUGGUAUCUCACAUCCAUAUCUGCGAUACCAACCACUCUUGUGUGGGCUAAAAACUUUAGUUAUGAAACUCGAUUGACAACCGAAGAUACCACCAUGUAUAUCUGCUGGAUUGUUUUGACUGGGUGGGGUUCUCUAGGCCUGGUAAAAAUUUCUCCGCCUAUUCCUCAAGACAAUAAAUUUCGGCUAAGAACAAUCGCAAUGUUUCAGAGGAUAGUCGGUUUUAUUUUGCUCUGGAUCGCACAAUCGAAAAAUAUUGCAGACUAUCAAUGGAUGAUACCUCCGAUCGUAGCGAUUUCAAUAACUCGGAUCGUUCUUACUCCAUUUUUUGUUAAAAAAAAAAAGUCUCCAUAA